AUGGAAAUGUAAGCGAGCAGUCUGAGACAGGCACUGGGUGAAUCAUUAGCCAACUGCUUCAUUGGGGUGACUGUGUCUGGAGUGUAAAAGGGAGGAAUACUCCUAGAUCCUGCACGAUCUGUUUGUCUGACUUUGUAUUGUGGGCUUUUAUGAAUACACUAAAGUGGAUGUAAUAUCUGGUGGAGCUCCAGUCCAAAAUGCUGCUGGUAUCCCAGCGCAUACAAGCACCACGCAUGGAGCCAUACAUACCACUGCAAGGAUCCAUAAAGAGAAAAAUCGAAGAUGACAGCUCCCCAGUGUCCUCUGGAAUGAAUGAUAUAAUAUUUCCAAGUGACAGCAAAAGACUUUGUCUUGACGAUGUUACCCUUUCUAUGGGCCAAGCCCAAAAUACCAAUUCUGCCAUAUCUUGCUCAGACUUACAGCAUUCCCCAUUCUCGACCAAUCAUAGUUCUUCAUCCAUGGGAGUGAGCAGUCAUUCAGUUUUGCUGGAAAAUAACCAUAUGAAUGGUACGGGCAUGACGUCUCCCUUUUCCGUAUCUCAGAAUACAGAAAUGGGUCAGAAAGCGCCAUAUGACGAAAAGUCUGGUAACCUCCAGUCUGUAGACCAAGAACUGCAGGAUCUCUUAGAAGAGCUCACUAAAAUGCCUGAUCCAUCUCCAAAUGAGUUGGACCUCGAAAAUAUAUUGGGAAGUAAGGCAGAGGAGCCAAUUGUUAUAAGUCACUCUCAACCAAGCUUGAGUACAACACCCAAGCUGUCCCCACAAUCCACAUCUCACAUGGACAACCAUAUUUCAAGCAAAGAUUUUUCCACUGGUUGUAAUCCUACUAGCGUGGGCUCCCCUCAGAUUAGACCAUCAUCCACUGGAGCAAAUUAUUCAGUUCCUUCAAAUAAACCAGUUCAGUCUCCCAUACCCCCUUCACAAAAUAAGAGCCAGCCACAGUCCAUGUUACCAGUAUCCAUGGCAAACAUGCCUAGUGCAAACUGGCAUGCGCAACAGCUUAAACAACUGGCUGCAAGUAAACAAGGGUCUUCAUCUAAGCAGCAGGGGCAGACUCCCAACUGGCCAACCAUGUCACCUACAGGUUUGUCCCCACCUUACAGGCCGGGGUCUUCUCCUCAACAGCCAUUCAGCCCACAAAAUGUUAUGAUGUCUGGUAUGAAUGCAAGCAGUUUGCAAGGGAAUAAUAUGCAAGGUUCACAAAGUACUCUUCUUUCAAACAUGACUUCCACCAGCAAUCAGGCCAGCAGGCGUUCUCCACCUUACGUAUCUGAGAAGAUUUCAAGCCCAGCUCUUAACCAGCAGCCCUUCAGCCCACAAAAUACCAUGUUAUCAAAUAUGACGUCAAGCAGCAUUCCACCCAAUGCCAUCAAAAGUCCACAGAGUAGCAUGGUGUCAAACAUGACUUCUUCAAAUGCAGGGCCAUCACCACCAUAUCAGCCUGAAAAACUAUCAAGCCCAGCACUGCAUCAACAGCCAUUCAGUCCCCAGAAUACAUUGAUCUCAAAUCUCACCACUUCCAACAGUCAGUCUAGUAUGCAGAACUCACUGUUCAAGCCAAUGACUACCAACCAGCCCAAAAACAUUAACAUGCUUAUGCAACAGCCUUCCAAUGGGCUGCAGACUGGGAUAGUUGGCGACACACCAGUAUCUCAUGAGCAGUUUUCUUUUAAUAACACCAAACCACUGUCUCAUUUCGCACCUGACUCUGCCAGCCAAAAGAUGAAUAUGUCUUCAAGCCCUGGGUCUUUAAUCCACUAUCUACAGCAACAGCAGCACCAGGCUCCACCAGUGCAACCAACUCAACAGGUCAGCAAUAGCCAAUUUCUUCAGCAGCAGAUACGGCAACUGAUGCAGCCGUCACGGAUGCAGAGACAGAUGCAGCCUGGUGGUUUAGCACCUCAAACAAGACAGGAUUCUGCAAUUGUUCCCAGACUGCAGGAACCAGGCUCCAUACCAAACUCGGGCCCAGGGUCUACGGCCCCUACACCUAAUGGCUACAUAAGGAACGCGAUCUUAAAGGAACAAAUAAUGAGGAGGCAGCUGCUACAGGUAAAGCAUAGACCUAAUAUGAUGGGCGUGACACCUGAACAGCGGAGUGCACUUGUCGCCCAACAAAUGAAUCAAUUUCAAGCAAUCCCUCAGAAUCUACGUGCAGACUGCGUCCAGCCGAUGCCAACGCCUCCUCAGAAUCACCGUAUGAUGACAUCAUCACAAGCACUUAUCCAGACGAGCAUGGGCUCUGGCAUGACGCCAACAACAAUCAAUCAGAAUAGUGGAGCAAUGGUAAUGAUCCCACCCAAUGCUGGAAAGCAGCAAGGGAUGUUUCCAGGAUCUUCUGAUUUUAGUAUGCCACUUAGACAAAAUCAGAAUGCACUGAGUAUGAACUCUGCGUGCCAAACGGUUCACAGCCAAUCCGUGGUGCGACCUGGUAUGACAUUGCCCGGAUACACAUCCAGUUCGUUGACAAAUCACUCUGCAGCCCAGCAGCCCUUACGGCAGUCCAGCAUAUCCAGAAUUCCGAAUGUCUACGCCAACUCGCCUUCCCAGAUGUGGACGCAAACUGGAGUCUCAAGAAUACCAAGUCAGAACCAAAUGGAUGGCGGCAUGCAGCAGUUUGCUAACAACGCCCUGUACACCAAACAAAAUAUCCGACCAAAUAUGUCAAGCCAGCAAUUUACCCACCACGGAGUGGUGCCUCCAAAUCAAAUAGCUCCUGGGGUUCAGAUUAGGCAAAUGCAAAAACUAGGACUAACACAGACAAAUCAAGGAGUAGGACCUAUCAACAACCCAACUUUAGGGAAUAAUCUGUCGAGGGGACAGUUAGCAGCUAUUAAUUCUAUGAAAUCAAUGCCCCAAGGCGUGCCUCCAUUUAACCAACUCAAUACUGGUCAGCUUGGUCCACCUUCUUAUGGAGGACCACCGGUCCAAACCGCGGACGCAUUUGAACGGAUGAGUUCUGCAGUAGAACUGCACCAGUAUGACUUUGUUCAGGCGCAAAAUAAUGCCGUCUUAUCUGCAAACUGCAACGAAGCAGACUUUAUAGAUUGCCUAAUGAAAGGAGGCAGUACCAGCAGUACCGAUGAAGACUGGCUAAACAAUUUGACAAUACUGGAUGAUAUUUUGGGGCAACACAAUCAAAAUCCUGGGCCUGUGUAACCUAAGCCAACAUAUCCAUCAGUCAAUCAAGCAACUUGAAAUAUAUAAUUCUUUCAACACUGAUGUUACCAGGAAGGUUCAUUUUGUCAAUUAUUUUUUUUUUCUAAAAAACUUGUACAUAGUUAAAUAUUUUCUAAAUUAUGUUUUCCAACAAGAAACGGAGGUAUUAAUACUUCCAUGAGUGAGUGGACAUACAAAUAGCAUAAUGUUUUGUUACAUUAUAGAACUUUGAUUUAUAAUACCUUGUUUAAAUAUGCAAAAUGUAUCGUUAGUUUCGGUAAUACUGUGUAUUACAGAUCUGAAAAAAAAAAAAACACGUUAUGUUUUUUGACAUAACAGAAAAUGUAGAGGUGUCAAGCUUACUGAAUAAAAAAUCGUUUUGCCCAAACCUAGUAACAAAAAAUAAUGAAGUACCAGAAGUAUGGAAAAAAAAAAAAAGAAAAGUCGCCGGCCCUUAUAAAAUUUAAGUGUAUAGGUUUUUUAUCCCAAUAUCAUACAAUAAUACUUCCCCAUUUAUAUUGAUCUUCUUCAACUAGUUGAUCAAACCAACAUCAAGCAUACUCUGUGCAACUACACAUAUAUAUAUUAUAACCAUAAUAAGCUCGUUCAGUGCAAAUCUUAUGUAAAAUCAACCAAAUAAAGGUAACCCAUUUGUACACGUGUAAAAUUAUGUGACAAUAAUAUUGUUGGUUUGCAAUCCUCUGUAUAUAUUUGUAAUAUACAGGUGACUUGUUUUAAAGGCCUUUCCACAGUUAUGUUUUACUGAGAAAAAAAAACCCCGUUUUAAAUGGGAAAGCCUAUAUAUGCUAAGUUGUCAAUUUUUGUCUAUGAUUUCUUUGUCCUCCCUGAUAGUGUCCUAUGUAUAUUUAAGAGUCUGUUUAUAUACAACAAAAAUCCACUGUACUGUAAAGCUCAAAUGUUCAUACUUUUUGUGUAAUCCUAUUUUAAUAGUCACACCAUAUUUCUGUAAUGCAUUUGUAAUAUAAUGUCCGCAUCAAGCACAGAAUCGAUGAUGUUUUCUUCAUACCAUAAUAAAGAACCAGGGGGAAAACUGUGUAUUCUUCCCA